CGAACCUGGUUCCCGAGGCGAGGCGGCCGCGGCUGGGGGCGGGGAGGGGGGGCGCAGGACCCCAGGUUGGGGUCCCGGAGCCUGAGGGCCUAUUCCCGUGCCCCCAGCAGCAUGGCGUCCUGUGCGGAGCCCUCUGAACCCACUGCCCCACCACCUGCUGGGGUUCCACCACUUGAAGACUUUGAGGUGCUGGAUGGGGUCGAGGAUGCAGAAGGCCAAGAAGAAGAGGAGGAGGAAGAGGAUGACCUGAGUGAGUUGCCACCUCUUGAGGACAUGGGGCAGCCCUCACCAGAGAAAGAAGAGCAGCAGCCUGGGGCCCUGGCCCGAGAGUUCCUAGCUGCCAUGGAGCCCGAGCCUGCCCCAGCCCCGGCCCCAGAAGAGUGGCUGGACAUCCUGGGGAAUGGGCUGUUGAGGAAGAAGACGCUUGUCCCAGGGCCACCUGGCUCAAGCCGCCCUACUAAGGGCCAGGUAGUCACGGUGCAGCUACAGACAUCGUUGGAAAAUGGCACGAGAGUGCAGGAUGAGCCAGAGCUGAUGUUUACCCUGGGCGACUGCGACGUCAUCCAGGCCCUGGAUCUCAGUGUCCCACUCAUGGACGUGGGGGAGACGGCCAUGGUCACUGCUGACUCCAAGUACUGCUACGGCCCCCAGGGCUGCAGGAGCCCAUAUAUCCCCCCACACGCAGCCCUGUGCCUGGAAGUGUCCCUGAAGACCGCUGUGGAUGGGCCAGACCUGGAAUUGCUCACAGGGCAGGAGCGUGUGGCCCUGGCUAACCGGAAGCGAGAGUGUGGCAAUGCCCACUACCAGCGGGCCGACUUUGUGCUGGCUGCCAAUUCAUAUGACUUGGCCAUCAAGGCCAUCACCUCUAGCGCCAAAGUGGACAUGACGUUUGAGGAGGAAGAACAGCUCCUACAGCUGAAAGUGAAGUGUCUGAACAACCUGGCGGCCUCACAGCUAAAGCUGGACCACUACCGUGCAGCCUUGCGUUCCUGUAGCCAAGUGCUGGAGCACCAGCCCGACAAUAUCAAGGCACUGUUCCGCAAGGGCAAGGUGCUAGCUCAGCAAGGCGAGUACAGUGAGGCCAUCCCUAUCUUGAGAGCAGCCCUGAAGCUGGAACCUUCCAAUAAGACGAUCCAUGCGGAGCUUUCAAAGUUGGUGAAGAAGCACGCGGCACAGAGGAGCACCGAGACUGCCCUGUACCGGAAAAUGCUGGGCAACCCCAGCCGACUGCCUGCCAAGUGUCCUGGCAAGGGUCCUUGGUCUAUUCCAUGGAAGUGGCUAUUUGGGGCGACUGCUGUUGCCCUGGGGGGCGUGGCUCUCUCUGUAGUCAUUGCUGCCAGAAACUGACUGCCCAGGUGGCUGCACACCCCCUUUGUGCACCAUGAACCAUGGACCCCACCCUGCACUCCCUAACUUUCCCAGGCUCCCUGCCCUCUGCCCUCCCUGGCCUAGCCCCCUCCUUCUGGUUGGGGGCAAUAAGGAUUGGGGGGCCAUGCAGCCCAGUGAGCAGGAGGCAUUGAGACCUUGUAAGAGGAAAGCCAGGUGUGUCCAGGGCCCCACAUCCAGCCUGGAGGGAGGGGGCCCUCAUUUCUCCAGACCCUAUUCUCCCCCCACAGUCUCCACUCCCCUCGUUGAGAUCUCAACCAGGGUGGCCUCAGUUUUCUCUUCUUGACAGACCGGGGGUAGUCCUUCCCCUGCCUUCUCCCCUACUGAGUGCCAGCCCUCCUGCCCCACCUGCUGCCCCCUGUCCAGGCCACCCCCCAACACCGUGAAAUAAAGCCUCCCCCUGCA